AUGAGUCAAAAAGCAUCUAAUUCUCAUUGUUUUAAAUGGGCUUCUGCCAAUCAUCAAGUACCUACAAUAUAUGAAUGUUCAAAUUAUGCACACAUAAGUAGUUUUGUAUGGACUUAUAGUGGUACUGGAAUAAUGAAAUAUAUUCAAUGGAUACUAAUACGAAAAUUAGGAAAUAUUAAAAUUACUCGUUUAAAUAAUAAUUGUCAUAUUAUUGAAGAAAAUUAUUUUUCUUCAAAGUCAACAAACGACAUGUUUAUUCAAGUUUAUAUUAUGUCUCUAUCAACUAAUUUAGCUUAUAAAUCACAAUGUUCAGAAAAGUUUAAUCAAAUAGCAAAAGUUAGUUCAGGACGUAUUAAUCGAAUAUAUUUUAAAAGAAAAUCAAUUAAAGCAACACUUGUAUUUCAGCAAUUAGAUUUAAUGAAAUCGAAUUUCAAUAUUACUUUAAGUUUUAAUAAUUCUUUCAAAAAAUUGAUGAAGAAAGCUAUUUAUACUGUAAAACGUUUUUCAAGUUAUUUCACAUCUGUUGGAUCUAUUAAAUGGAUAGUUAUCCAUUCAGAAGAUUUAAUUAAAACAAAUUUAGUCGAUUGUGAAAAAGUCUUGACCGAUUUUAUUUCAUUGUUAGGAUUGAAUAUUUCAUCAUUAAAAAUUAAAAAUAUAAUUCAAUAUGAUUCUCAUCAAUUUAUUGAAGAUUCAACUUGGUGGGAUCAAUCAAAUGUAGGUGAAAGUAUUCUAGACAUAUCAAUACCAUAUCGUUCAAAAAAUUUUACAUAUUCUAAUGAUUUUUAUUAUUUACAUGGUGAUCGUUCAUUUAUACAAUAUUUAUCUGAUAGUCGUCAAUGUUAA